CGGAAAGUAUGAUGAAUAGUAAAUAAAGCAAGUAGUCAAGUACUCAAAAAUCAAGAAGUGAAAAAAAAUUUUAACGAUUAGGAAGCAUUACAUAUGAGGAUACCAGGAAAUUGAGUAAACAUAAAAACUGUUAUUUCGAAAAUACUACACUUAUUCUAGAAUAUCUCUUUGAAAGUUCAACCUUUCUUAUGAUUGAUUUUAAGCAGCGCAAUAAUAAAAAGAAUAAAUAUAUGCAAGGUUUAGCAAAUAUAUGUUAUCAGAAAUAGCCUCAGCUUCAUUUGACAGUUAUUCAAAAACUCCGAGAGCGAUCAAUCGAAAUUGUUUGACAGUGUUCAACAAAAAAAGUAUAAUUAAUUUACAAAACUGUGUUCUUCUAGUUCUUCUAAAAUCUAUCAAUCAAUAUUAUACAAACCAUCGAAAACAUCUACCUCCAAAAUCGAAUAGAGGCAAAGAUAAAUGGAAAACUAAUACAGUGUAUACUAGUUCAAAGCGGAGUCAGACAGGGUGACUCGUUGAGCCCACUUCUCUUUAAUAUAAUAAUGGACGAAAUAAUACAAGCAGUACGUAAAGGUCAUGGCUACAGAAUGGGGAACAAAGAAAUACAAAUAUUAUGUUAUGCAGACGAUGCCGCAUUAAUCGCCGAAACAGAAGACAAGCUCCAAAGAUUAACACAUAUCUUCAAUACAACAGCUAAGAAAUACACGAUAAUAAUAUCAGCAGACAAAACCAAAUGUAUGACAACAUCGAAAUACCCACUGCGGUGUAAAAUCGAAAUUGAUGGGAAAAUAAUAAAGCAGGAAGCAAGGUUUAGAUAUCUAGGAAUAGAUAUAACUGGUUACGGAGAUGUUGAAAAAGAAGUACGACAACAAAGCUUAAAAACAAGUAAAGCGGCGGGUUCUCUUAAUGACACAAUCUGGAAAAACAAACACCUAAGACAAGACAUAAAAAAAAUCUAUAAAGCAGCAAUUAGACCAUACACGGCGGAGACAAGACCUGACGCAUCCAAAACGAGACGAUUGCUAGAAACAACAGAAAUGAAAAUACUCCGACGAAUAUCAGGGAGAAGUCUAGUGUAUAGGGAGAGAAGCGAAAAAAUAAGCAGAAGAUGCAAUAUAGAAGACAUAAAUGGAUGGGUGACAAAACGAAAAUAGGAGUGGAACGAACAUAUCAGUAGAAUGGCAGAGGAUACAAUAGUACGAAUAGCACGAGAUAAGUCACCAAAUAAUAAUGCGACAAUUUAAACAAUUUAGGAGGCUACUAUUGAAGAAGAAACAGGCUUUAAAGCCUACAUACUAGACGGAAGAAGAAGAAGAAGAAGCGUUCUUUUAAAAAAUCUAUGAUUUUUAUAGACUACAGGUGAGAUAGUACAUAAUGAUAAUACUACCACCAUCGCCGCAACCAUGGAGGACUUACAAAUACUACCGAGUGCAUGAGGCAGGUUUCAGACAAGGUAUUAAUAUUAACAGCUUCGUAUCGAUCGUAUCAAGCUUCAGUUAUUUGAAAAGAUGGUUGAGUAAUGAAAAUACAUGCGAUGAAGAGAUAAUGACGAAGAUUAAAAUGGCAGGUAAAGCAUUUCGCAAAUAAAUACCUAUCAUUACAAAUAGAAACUUUUCAG